GGCUGUCGCAAAGUCCCACCGUCUUGCUCUCAUUGGGCAACCUUACCCUUUCCCCGCCUCAAUGUUUGUGCUUCCUCAGUGAUUGGACCUGGGCAUUGUCCAUUCCAGCUCCCAGGCACCGCCCUCUCUCCACCCACUAGAACUCCACUCGGGUUCUCCUUCAUCCCCAACGCUCCUCACCUAGCCCCUGUCCUGAGGGUGCUCCUAACCCUGAAGCCAGCUUUAAAGGGGCAGGCCCCUUCUCCUGCCCCAGUCCCACCCACCGGCCCCCUCUUCUCCGUCUUCCAGGCCCUGCGCUCCCUCACAGAACUCCCCCGCACCUUGUCUCGCUCGCUCCGCCCCUCCUUCCCAGCCACAGCUAGAGGUCCUGGGCGCACCUGCAGAGCCGGCGGCUUGCUGCGGGCAUGCUUUCCAUGAAGGCUCUGCAGAAGGCCCUGAGCCGGGCCGGCAGUCACUGCGGGCGAGGAGGCUGGGGUCACCUGAGCCGGAGCCCCCUCCUUGGCGGGGGCGUCCGGCACCACCUCAGUGAGGCCGCGGCGCAGGGCAGAGAGACGCCACACAGCCACCAGCCGCAGCACCAGGAUCAGUAAGGCUCCUGGGACAGGGCAGGGGACGGGCUUGCCCCCACUCCCACUGUGGUUCUCGCUAGUUCCAGAGUGCCCUCCCCAGGCAGCGCCCCUCAUCUCCCCUCUCCUCGCUCACUAGCCCUCGAUGUCUUUUCCUUUGGAUGUGGGGCUUUGGGUGCGCCGCGCUCGGGCAGUAAUCUGCCGUCUGCCUGGGAGUGCGUUGGGCAAGCGGGUCCUGGGGUUGGCGCCUGUCCAAGGCGCGCACUUAACCCGGAUCACAGAUGCGCGCCGAGUGUUGCUUGGCUCACGUGACUGAGUGCAGGGCCGGGCGCACGCCGCCAGUCCUCACCUUCCCUAGUCCCCGUGUGUAUUUUAGGAGAUGCGUGGGUGUGGAACAGCCUCCUGCCUCCGCUCCAGGUGUACUGGGGUCUGUGUGUUGUGUUUCUGCGUGUCCUCGGCAGGUAAUGUGUGAUGCGCAUGUAUUAUUGGUGCGCAGGUACGUGCAUAAGUGUUGGGUGUGUGCGUAGCAGUGCUCCCUGAACAGCAGAAUGGGGGGGGGGGGGGGGGGGGCGGAUUCCCAAACUGGUUGUUGAAUGGGGAGAAUAUUUGUAAUGGAGGAAAAGUCUUUAAGACGCAGAUUUCCCAAACCAGAGCCAGUCCGAGCCUUUAUUUGUGCGGCCCAGGCUCCAGAAUCUAAAAGGUUCUCUUCCUUUGGGUGUUUCUUCCGCCCAGGAUGCCAAACCUUUAUCUUCCCCACCGCCUAGGACACACUUGGUGGCUGAGCCUUUUUCUCCGAGACGCAGACGGUGCUGAGCAGGAAAUCUUGUCCUCCCCAGAGGGCCAGCGUAGACACUGUCCAAAGAGCCCCUGCUCUACUGUAGCAGGAACAGGAAAUGGGCCAUCUCCCUCGUCGCUGCCAUCUCCCUGAUGACACUCAGAAACAUGGACACCAUCAGUAAAGUAGCCAGACUGACACAACACUACCUCACCACUACUCGAGUCUCUGUCGUAAGGGACACCAAUAGUGAUUCAUCAGAAAGUGGCAUGCUGUCCCGCCUGGGUGAUUUGCUCUUUUACACUAUUGCUGAAGGACAGGAACGAAUCCCUAUCCACAAGUUCACCACUGCACUAAAGGCCACUGGACUGCAGACAUCAGAUCCUCGGCUCCGAGACUGCAUGAGCGAGAUGCACCGCGUGGUCCAAGAGUCCAGUAGUGGUGGCCUCUUGGACCGAGAUCUCUUCCGAAAGUGUGUGAGCAGCAACAUUGUGCUCCUGACCCAGGCAUUCCGAAAGAAGUUUGUCAUUCCUGAUUUUGAGGAGUUCACGGGCCAUGUGGAUCGCAUCUUUGAGGAUGCCAAAGAGCUCACUGGAGGCAAAGUGGCAGCCUACAUCCCUCAGCUGGCCAAGUCAAACCCAGACCUGUGGGGUGUCUCCCUGUGCACUGUGGAUGGUCAGCGACACUCUGUGGGCCACACAAAGAUCCCCUUCUGCCUGCAGUCCUGUGUGAAGCCCCUCACCUAUGCCAUCUCCAUAAGCACCCUAGGCACUGACUACGUGCACAAGUUUGUGGGCAAAGAGCCAAGUGGCCUGCGCUACAACAAGCUCUCCCUCAAUGAGGAAGGAAUCCCCCAUAACCCCAUGGUCAAUGCUGGUGCCAUUGUUGUCAGCUCCCUGAUCAAGAUGGACUGUAACAAAGCAGAGAAGUUUGAUUUUGUGUUGCAGUAUCUCAACAAAAUGGCUGGGAAUGAAUACAUGGGUUUCAGCAAUGCCACAUUCCAGUCAGAGAAGGAAACAGGGGAUCGGAAUUAUGCCAUCGGCUAUUAUCUCAAGGAAAAGAAGUGCUUUCCUAAGGGGGUGGACAUGAUGGCUGCCCUUGAUCUCUACUUCCAGCUGUGCUCUGUGGAGGUCACUUGUGAAUCAGGCAGUGUCAUGGCAGCCACCCUCGCCAAUGGUGGGAUCUGCCCCAUCACAGGCGAGAGUGUGCUGAGUGCUGAAGCAGUGCGCAACACCCUUAGCCUCAUGCAUUCCUGCGGCAUGUAUGACUUCUCUGGCCAGUUUGCCUUCCACGUGGGCCUGCCAGCCAAGUCAGCUGUAUCAGGAGCCAUCCUCCUGGUGGUACCCAAUGUCAUGGGAAUGAUGUGCCUAUCACCCCCAUUGGACAAGCUGGGGAACAGCCAUAGGGGGACAAGCUUCUGCCAGAAGCUGGUGUCUCUCUUCAAUUUCCACAACUAUGACAACCUGAGGCACUGUGCUCGGAAGUUAGACCCACGGCGUGAAGGGGCAGAAGUUCGGAACAAGACUGUGGUCAACCUGUUAUUUGCUGCCUAUAGUGGCGAUGUCUCAGCUCUUCGAAGGUUUGCCUUGUCAGCCAUGGAUAUGGAACAGAAAGACUAUGACUCGCGCACAGCUCUGCAUGUUGCUGCAGCUGAAGGACACAUCGAAGUUGUUAAAUUCCUGAUCGAGGCCUGCAAAGUGAAUCCUUUUGUCAAGGACAGGUGGGGCAACAUUCCCCUGGAUGAUGCUGUGCAGUUCAACCAUCUGGAGGUGGUCAAACUGCUUCAAGAUUACCAGGACUCCUACACAUUCUCUGAGACUCGGGCUGAGGCAGCAGCUGAGGCCCUGUCCAAAGAGAACUUAGAAAGCAUGGUAUGAGCACAGGUCAUGGAGAGCCCAUGCUCAAGAAGAAGCAUGAGCUGGCCACACAUGUAAUCCAUAACCACCAAAAAUACUAUGGAGAGCUACACUGCUUCAGUGGGGACCAAGCAGUCAUUUGGUGACUUAGGCUAGUGCUUUCUAUGGGAGUCAAAAUACCCCAUUCCCUCAGCAGACAGAGUACAGAGAAGGGCCUCAGAGGACACCUGCAGUAGAGCUAUCCAGAGAAAAUGGGCUUCAAGGUACAGCCUAAUGGCUUGCCCCACUCAAAACCAUCCCAGCUCUUCACCCAGGUCUCUCUUCCUCUCCCUGAAGAAACCAUCAUGAGAGAGAUACACUGGUGGAGGCACUCUAGCUACCAUGCACAUGGACAUAUCCACAGAAUAUGGGAAGUGGGAAUGGCUAUAUACAUGGCUUUAGUAGUCUGGAGAGAUCUACUCCCCUUGGCCAGGACAUGCUGCUGCUACUGCUAACAGCCAAUUUUAUAGACAGAGAAAGUAUUUUGUGUUCAAAUAAACUUUAAUUACCGAAUAA